UCUCCUCAGCCGUUCGAGGAAAAAACAUUUUCUUGCUUUUGUAAAUAAACAGACUUGAUAAAAAAAUUAGAAAAUCAUCCGACAAUUUCAUCAAGUUUAUUAUUUUAGAAGCCAAAGAAAUUAUGGAAAAUUUAUGCAGAUUGUGUGGUAGAAACUUUGGAUGUUUAAAUUCAAUCUUUGAUCGUUCACAAGGAAUGUUAAUAUUGGAUCUCAUAUCAAUAAUUUGUCCUAUUCAAAUAAAUGUCAACGACAGCCUUCCGAAGAAAAUUUGCGGGGAAUGCUUCGAAGUGAUUCAAAGUGCUGUAAAAUUACGAAGUACGAGUGUCAUAAAUGAUUUAAAAUUUAGGAAAAUGGAAUUGAAUAAUCAACAAGAACUUCAAGGAGAAAACAUUUUCUUUGAAGUCACCAACAGAUAUAAUGGAAACAUACUAUUAAAGACAGAAUUCUCAGACAGUGAUCAUCCUUCCAUGCAAGAAUCGUUCUUUGAAGAAAGUGACUCUUAUCAUGAGGAUGUCAACAGAAGAUCGAAUGUUUCUAAGGUUCGCCUUAAAAAUAAUAAUCAUAAUAUGAAAGAAAAGAUAUUAAAAAAAUGUUCCAUAUGUGGUUAUUCAACUCAAAUUACUAGCAAUUUAAGAAGACAUAUGAGAAAUGUCCACAAAAUAGACACAUCAAAAUUGACAACAAUAAUUUGUGACAUUUGUAAUUUUAAGACAAAAACAAAGUUUAAGAUAAAUGAGCAUAUGAUCUUUUGUCAUCUAUCUAAAGAUACACGUACAAAUUCAUGUUCACCAAGUUAUUUAAAGUUGCAAGAAUCAAUAAGAAUCUUCAGAUGUCUUCAAUGUCAAUACACAUCAAAUUAUAGAAGUAAUGUAAACCGUCACAUGAGAAAAUAUCAUUUAUUAAAAGCAAAAUCUAUUGAGCUUUAA